GACCCGCAUCCGCACUGUUUCACACGUUGCCCACACAUCUGAGCUACCUUUCACUCUGCUCUAAUCCUCUCAAAAAUCUCACCGGCCGCCGAGAGAAGAAUCUCUCGACUUCACGUUUCCCUUCCAGAAGCUAACGUCACCGGAGCCUCUGCGUCUUCCGAUCGUAUCUGGCCGCGCCCUUUGGUUCCCGAGGAGUGCUAGACAAAUUCCCGGCGGUCCCUGUCAGAAACACACACACCUCCUCUCAAGGGAAAAUUUCAUUUGAAAUGCUCUGGGGUUAGCAUCUUCUAAGGUUGUAGCAAUAUGAAAGCAGAUUUCUGUUGGGUGGAGGAAACCAAAGAUCAGACACCUUUCACAUUAAAAAGAAAAAGGAGCUUUAAAUCAAAAAAAUUAGAAUUUAUUGGAUGGGGAUCCAGGCCUUUGAUUGAAUUUCUCCAAUCAAUUGGUAAAGACACAAAUAGAGAGUACUCUAGGCAUGAGGUCAAUGCCAUAGUCAUUGAUUAUGUACAUUCUAACAACCUUCUGAAUCCGCAAAAGAAGAAGAGAAUAUUAUGUGAUGAAAUACUCCGUACACUUUUUGGGAAGAAAUCAAUACCUAGGAUUAAAGUUUAUGAGCUGUUGGAAAAGCACUUUAUUGAGAAUCAAGAUGAUUCGGAGGAAGAAAAUAGUUCAUCAGAGGAGGAUGCGGAUGAGGAGACUGGUAUUUUGAUUAUAUCAAAGGAAAUAAAGACUUCAAUACACCACAAGAAGAAACCCCAGGAAGCUCCCAAAAGCUGUUUUGCAGCUCUGAAUUCUGAAAAUAUUAAGCUCCUCUAUUUGAAGAGGAGCUUAGUUCAGGAUCUUUUGAAGAAUCAAGAGGACUUUGAUGAUAAGUUAGUGGGAAGCUUUGUGAGGAUCAAAUCUGAUCCAUAUGAUUUUCUCCAGAAAAAUUCUCACCAGCUUCAACAAGUUACUGGUGUGAAGAAGACAGUUGGGUCUGUAAAUGCUUGUAUGGAAACUUACCUUCAGCUUUCAAAUUGGUUGAGAGAUGCUCCCAUAUCUUUGUUGUCGGAUGAUGAUUUCACACUGGAAGAAUGUGAGGAUUUGCGUGAAAGAGUAAAAGCUGGCCUGCUUAAAAGACCUACUGUUGUGGAUUUUGAACUAAAGGCCCAUGUUCUGCAUGAGGAUAUCACCAAACACUGGAUUAACAGAGAGAUCGCAUUGUUACAGAGGCGAAUCAACCAUGCCAAUGAAAAGGGACGGCGGAGAGAAUAUCCUUUGCUAUUUAAGCUCUUAUGACUUGCUAAUGAGUUUUUUCCCUUUGUAUGGCUUAUACUGAGUGUAAAAUGCAAAGGUAACAACAUUUAUAAGUACACACCCGAUGAAUACAGACCAAGGAAGAAGAUUCAUUUAUGAUUGUUAUGACAUAUUGAUAUCUAGUGGUAAAUACUACUAAUGUAGUUCAUAAGACCUAACUGGAAAGUCGUGACACAUCAGAAUUAUGAUGUGUACUCAUAACAUGCUACUAACACUUGUUUUCGUUCAAUGUCAGGUGUUCAGUACCUAUCCUUAUCCCGUCCUGAUAUUUUCCCUAGCAAAACAACCUACCUACAACAAAACAACGACCUAGGA